GCGCAUCACAAUUAUAGUGUCAAUAUGAAAUAAGAUUAAUAGGACAGAACGAUAAACUCUAGAAGCUGUUAAUAAAUUGCUCCUUACCUGCCAAUGAACUGAUCACAGUGCUUUAAAAUUCGCGAUAAAUCACAAUUCUAGUCAAAUAGUCUAUAAAAAAGUUUAGAACUAUAUGGGAAUAUCUACAGAUUUAAAAGAAAUUGGUUUUGCUGAUAAGAAAAAAUAAUGGAAAAACACGAUGAAGAAAGCCAUAACCAAGGCUACAAUAACCACGCUUACGAACCAUCGGCAAGGGCACCUACCAAAAAAACUGCAGAUUCGGAUGGAAAAAAUGAUGGAAAAAUUGGUAAAAAUAGCUACCACAAAAAGUCGGUGGAAAAUAUGGCUCGUAAUCGUAAAAUCUCAGUUGAAGCAAGUACUAACUCAAAAUGCAGCAAUCAUAUUGAGGACCAAAGGUCUUGGUGGUACGAUUUCUGUCUGAAAUUCAGCGCAGAAGACGAGGGAAAAGCGCCUUAUCAACCGAACUUAUGGAAAAAAAUCUGCCCGCAACCCUACGGCUUGUCCUACAGGAAAACCACUAGAAUAAUUUCCAUAGCAUUCAUCGGCCUGUUCUCUUGGUCCGUUUUGUACGCUAUAGUCGGCGACAGCGCCGCCCCGCCUAAAGGCCAGUUAUUCCAACUGAUCCUGCUCAGCAUAUCAGCGCAUUUCGGGGGCUGGCUGAUCAGCUUCACACCCUUACCGGCCCUCGUGGGUAUGCUUUUCACCGGAAUAGUUUUCCAGAAUUUGAAUGUCAUUAAUAUUGAUGCAUCAUUCUCGCGGUUAAAUAAACAUUUGAGUGAUGUUGCUCUUGUGAUAAUAUUAAUUAGAGCCGGUUUGGAUUUGGAUCCCAAGGUGGUGAAAAAACUGACUUUACCAGUUUUGAAACUAUCAUUGAUUCCAUGGAUAGUAGAAGCUCUACUGAUAAUGGUGCUGACGAAGUAUCUAAUGGGUAUAGACUGGAAGUUUGCUGUGCUAGCAGGGUGCGUUGUUGCGGCUGUAGCUCCGGCUGUAGUGGUACCCUGCUUAUUUCGACUUAGAUCGAAAGGAUACGGCGUAGUCAAAGGAAUACCUACUUUAAUCAUAGCAGUAGCUAGCAUAGAUGACGCUCUUUCUGUAGCCAUUUUCGGCGUGAUAAAAGGAAUCAUUUUCAACGGAUCCAGCGUCACACAAGGGACUAUAUUCGGAAGUUUAUCGAUUUUAGGAGGUGUUGUGAUAGGUAUUAUUUGGGGCUUCUUCUGCCACCUAGCGCCCGAAAGGAACGACCCGUUCGCGGCGCCUUUGAGGAUCCUGCUGCUCCUCUCCGGCGGAAUGGGCUGCGUCUUCAUCAGCGACCACUUGGGAUACGGGGGCACGGGGCCCAUAAUGUGCGUAACUGCGGCCUUCGUCGCUUUGGCCUAUUGGUCCAAUCAAGGAUGGGACGUGGAGGACAAUCCGGCCGCUUUAGCCUUCGAGAUAUUUUGGAUGAUAUUCCAGCCCAUACUGUUCGGCAUCACGGGGUCCAGGAUAAAGAUCAAGGAUAUGGACGGGGAAAUAGUGUUGGCGUGUUUGGGAAUUUUGAUCGCUAGUGUGCUGAUUAGAAUAGGAGUUACCAUGCUUGUGGGAAUCGGGUGCAACAUGAAUUUGAAGGAGAAAUUGUUCGUGUCGGUGUCGUGGAUUAGCAAAGGAAUCGUGCAGGCUGCAUUAGGACCUGUAGCUCUUUCGUUAUUAGAAGAAAAUGGCACCGAAAAGGAAAUACAAGAUUCGAGGAGGCUGAUGAAUUGUUGUAUAUUGUCGAUAAUAGUUACAGCACCAACUGGUGCAAUCUUGACUACUAUGUUGGGUUCUGUUCUUCUCACAAAGGGUAAAACGAGUCAACCAGCGGCCACGAGGGCACGCAAGAAGAGCAGAAGACAGUCGUUCUUGAGCCCAGAGUUAUUGGUAGAUGAAGAAGAAAAUACUGAAAAUCAUCAGUCGCACAUUACAGAGGUCAUUGUGGAGGAAGAUAAUGAAAGUACCAAAGAAAACGAAAAAUCUGAAAUAUAAAAAUAUUUGUAUAAAAAAAUCUAAAUAAUAUUUAUGAAAAAAAAGGUCAUGCACGAAAUGAAGACACAAAAUGAAAAUUAUACAAUCGCUUCUAUCAAUUUUAAUAUAGAAUAUUUGAACUUAUGUCGAUCAUUAGUAUUAAGAUCAUAAGAUCUCUUUGUGAAGCACUAAACGUAUGUUUUAGGAAGUGAAAAAAAGUUUUGUUUUAAACGUAGAUUUAUUUUCGGGUUAACUACAUUGGCACCUACAAUAGCCAUAUCAAUUUCACCUAUAGAGAAAGAAAUAUUUAUGUAUAUACACGAUUGCUAUUUAUGUAGGUAGUCUCAUUGCACAAAUUCAGUUAAGUAAAGUGAAUAAAAAAAUUAAGUAACAUGUGACAUUUUCUUUAUUUAAAUAUACUGUUAAUGUGUACAUUUGAUUGAAUAAGUUAACUAGUUUUAUGAAAUAUUUAAGUCUUUUAGUCUUUGGCGUAUAUUAUUCCUUUGUCUUAUAACCCAUGGAUUAUUAUUUCAAGUUAUAUUUAAGGGAAACAUAAUUACUUUAAUAAUUACAAAAACUACUGUAUACGCGUGGAGUUGAAUUACCGCUAAAAUAUCACAAAUUUAUAAAAAUAAUUAAAAAUUAUUGCGCAAACUAGAAGCAACGAAAUAAUUACAUUGCAGAAUUAGAGUAAUACAUUAAGAUGACCACGUAUAUCACAUAUAUAAAAUUUUUAUAUAAAAAAAUUCAAAAUUUAUGUUUUUAAAACACAAUGUUAAUUUUUUCAAGUUAACUUGCGUUGUUCGCAAAUUUUUUAUUAGUUUUUUUUGAGUAAUUCAAUAAACGAUUUUAUUGAAGAAAAUCUGAAAAUUUAGUAAAAGGACAAUCUAAGUAGUACAAAAGAUAAUCAUUUAAAUUUUAAAUGGUUUCCUGAAAGCAUGCCAUAUAAAUAAAGCACCUUAAAGAGCAGCUUCAAUUUAAAAUUUAUGUACAAAUUUUGAGCAAACAAUUUGUCUUCAAUAAAGUAAAGAUUUGAGAUAGGUAGAGGCUCCUUGAAAUUCAAACAAAAUAAAAAAACGAAUGCUAAAUAAUUCUAAAUGUCAGAUAAGUAUCCCGGUUACAUUCUCUAUUGAAUUUGCUCUCCUCCAGCAACAAUAUAAAUAAUACUAAAAAAAUCAAUAAUAAAUACAAUAUCACUCGCAUAUUCCAUAAUUACAGUAUACAUUUUUAAAUAAAACGUGUAUAUUUUUUUCUGUACAAUCAUGUUAAAUCCAAACAUCUUUAAAAUAGUGCAAGUUGUUGCAACCUAAUCGACAUUUUUUCACUCAAAUAUUUUUCACAAAUAAUAUGUACAAAUUACUUGAUGAAAUUGCACCUUAGUCUAUCUAUUGACUUAUUUCGUCGUGUAUAUUAUUUUUUACGUAUUUUAUAUGCAAGGCCAAAAUAAAAUCAUUAAUGAUCAAAAUUUAUGUUUUAAUGUUGAAAUUAAGCAGCCUAUGACUCUUUAAGGAAAGAUAUAUUGUUGUCAAAUACAGGGUCAGCAAAGGAACAUUUUAUUUUCGAUGAUACGAAAUCGAAGUUGCAUUUCUUGCCUAAAUCGGAUCAUUUGUUUGAAAAAUAUUUGAGAGAUUUAAUGCAGUUUUUAUAACAGUGUUGGUAGCAGAAGUGCAUACAUCCUCUAACUUUGUCAACAAUUAGGUAACCUUUUAGUUAAAUUUCCACAAUCAGAUAUUUUUGUAACGUUGUCUAUUUAUCGUACUAUUCAUUGCAAAACAUAUCACGAAUUUGUUAAAUAUUUCAUAGGGAAUUUACUCAUUUGAAGCUUAAAGGGACACUUGCAAUUUUUUUACCAUUGUACAUUUUUACCAGGAUUACGAAAAUGUAGGUAUAUUUGGUAGCAACGCAAAUGUAUUUAAAAAUAUGAAAUUUAUAGACAACAUUAGCAGAGUAUCCUGAUACAACACCGAAUACAUAAAUAAUAAACAAAUUAGUUUUUAGAACACCUAACAUUUAACAAUAUAAUAAACGAUAACAAUCCGUGAAUCCGUGAUAUGAGGGAGUAUGUGUGUAAUAUCUCAACAUGCACAAAGCGAUUUUUAUCUCAGUAGGUCACAGUAUAUCAGUUUCGUAAACUUUAUUCGUCUGUGAAUUUGUUGUGUUUUUGUUGUUUUCUUCUUCAACAUUGUUUGGAACACUAGUGGAAUUCAGGGGGUUAGAAUUGGUAUUUGUCAGCAGAGUUUUGGUUGUAUUCGGUAAAUUGGUUAGUGAUCCCGUCAUUUGUGAGGUAGUCAGCUGCAGUCCCAUUUUUUGCAGCAAAUUCGACUCGCUACCGGUCUUCUUCAACAGCUGAUCGGGCGUCGGGGGCACCAAAGCUAACGAAUUGUUACCUCUUUGGAGCUGCUGCAGUCGCGCGUACUGCUCCUGCAGCGCCUUCUGCUUCUUCAGCAACUCCUGGUGCCGUUGCUCCAAUUCCUCCUUGCGCGUUUUCUUCGAGCCGUCCUGCGAGUUGACGCUCUCGCAACUGCUGCUGUUACUUGCCGAUAUCGGAUCGGAAUCGGAUGCAAUCUGAAGAUUCGAGCCGAUGUUCCUCGGCAACGUUUGCGACUUCGACGGGUCCUUGAUGCUCGACCUGCUCGGAAUGUUCCUGCGCAGGGUUUGCAGCCCCAAGUUCUGGGUGGCCUGUUCGAAUUGCGACAGCGGCUUGUCGACCAUGUUUUGUACGUUUUGGAUAUGUUGCAGUCCCACAGCAGGCGAUUUCGGCGGCAAAUUGGGCGACGUGGGCGAAGCCAGAGGCGACUUGGAGCUGGUCCUCGGCGGCGGCGGCGGAGGCACCCGCUUGCCCGUCACCUGCUGCAGCAACUCGGGAUUCCGCUCCGGCAGCGGCGGCUUCGCGGCCGUUUUGCUCUCCCUCUGCAACGGCUGGAUGGGGGGACUGUUAUCGGUGUCUGACCCGCUGGGAUAAGAAUGCAACCUCCUCAGGCUGCCGGUCGCCGUGCUCACGGACAGAUUUUGCGUCGGAAGGAACGACGCCGAGUCCAUGCUGCCCUUCCUGCCGAUUUCGGACAUCUGCGGCGGCCGGACGCCCUUGACCGGUAUGGCGGGCGCCUCGGCGGCGUCGUCGUCGUUUUGAGCAAUAGAGUGGGGCUUCGAGAACGUCUGGAGCUCGUCUAGCAGAGCGUCGAGUGCGUUCUCCGGACGUUGGACACCGUCGGAGGCGCCGCCGUCUCCCCCGACGACGACCGACCCCAUACGUGGUGAGGGAGUGGGCUGCAAGAAAUCAUUGCGAUAUUUAGACGGUUUGGCUUUGCCGUAGGCGGAGCGAAUGUGGCGAUCGAAUGACGAACGAAAAUUAUUGUAAAUGCUAAAUUAAAAAAAUAUAACAUCGAUGCAUGUUUCUUCAUGGAUUUUUUUUUGUAAAGGGUUUCAACGUGCAUUUGGCGAAUUGGUAAUAGUCUUGUUUUUGCCAAUUAUAGAGUUUCCUGUAUUCGAAUAAAUUGUAUUUGUUCUUGUAGAUGUAAUUGUACUAAAUUAAAGUAUCAGGAUUAAAUGAUUUUAGAGUACUC